AUGUCGGCUGAUCACAGCAGCCUUCCCUCCAUUGGCCGCAAAGUAAACGCGGGGUGGGGUACACACACCACACGGCGAAAGGACCAAAUACAAAUAUGGAGCGCAGUGGCAUUACAACAACACUUCGCGCGUGGGGCGUUGGUGAACUCCACACUGCCAACAUUAGAAGAAGUACCCCCACCACUCCCUGGUGGUCGGUUAACACUUGCGCAGAAAAUGGGUUUAGUCCCACUUCCACCACCAGAACCAACGGAAGAGGAAUGGAAAAAGAUUGAAAGUACCGCACUUCGUAGAAAUGUUGUUAUGCCUCUUGGAUCUAAUGCUUGUAGUAUUUGUCAAGAACCAUUUUAUGCUACUAUGGAACAGGGUCAACUUUUACUUAGUUGUUCUCAUGUAUUUCAUGAGAAUUGUUUUCGUCAGUUUGAAAAGUUUGCAAGGCGAUCUCGUGGAAAACAUGAUGCAACCCCAAUGUGUUGCCCAAUAUGCCGAAGAAGUAAUUAUCAUAAACGUAUAUUUUAUGCAGGUAAAGCAAUGGAGCAACGUGCCGCUAUUGUAAAGAUUCAAGCAUUUUUUCGUCGUGUUCUUGCAAGGAAAGCUUAUGUGAAAUUACGUUUAGAAAAUGAUAGUGAUUUCUGUGGUGAGUACGCCCGUGAGCGACUCGCACGGUUGUCUGAAGCGUAUACGGAGUAUGCAAUUCGGCGUGAAAAGGAAAGAGUUCAGAUAUUAGAAAACAUUGAUCUUUAUAUGCAGCGUGCUCAAGCAGCAUGUAUUACAAAGGCGGAGUGGAAAGCCCUUCGAAAGCGAGUAGAAGCAGAGACAGAAGGUGGUGUAUUGGAUUGCCCUAUCUGUUUAACGGCUAUUGAUAAAAACCCAAAUGCUGAAGAAGCUCCAAAACCAAAAACUGGAGAAGAAAUAGUGGCAGUUUUUAGAAAAGAGUAUGAGGCACGUAUGGCCAGAAAAAAUGCUAAUGAAAACAAGAGGAAAAGUUGCUAUCAAGGUUUAACAGAACGCAAUAGUAGCGUAAAACCAGUAAAGAUAUCCAUUUCAAAUCCAUUAGGUUCAUCUUUAUUGAGACAAGGUUCUUCUGCCAAAAAGUUAAGUAUCUCAGGCAAGAUAAAUAGUAGUACUACCAGUAGUAAUUCUUGUAGUAAACGUACUGUUUGUGGUGAUCAUACAGAUGUUCCUCGCCAUGGUACUUUGUUGAGUUGUGGUCAUUGCUUUCAUGAUGCGUGCCUCUCUGUAUUUGAGAAGUACACGGAGAUGAUGGCUGUUCAGCGAGAGGGAGAUACAGUCAUACCUCGUUGUCCGCUGUGCCGCUCAGCCUACGUUAAAUGUGAUUACUAG